GUCGCAAUUCCAAAAUUUGGGAAACUCAAAACAUCAACCAAAAAAUAUAAGCCCAGAAUCCACAAGGUAUAUAAUCAUAAAGCACGGAGGAAUGAGGCAUGAAGUCUGAAAUUCUGAACCUCGGCCAAGAAGAUGGAGUUUGCCAAGAGGAAAGCUGCGACUUUAGCUGCAAUGAACUCGCCGGAGCCGGACAAAUCUCCGAAAGGCAGCAUAGACGCACCCAUCGUUCCCCUACUCACAACCAUCAACUCUCAUCCUUUUUAUUUCACCACCAGCUCUUGCUCCGGCCGCAUCUCCAUCUUCGCCCACCCCACCACACCUUCUUCAACCAACCCUAAAAAGGCCAAAGGUGGGAAAUGGGUCUUCAUCUCACACGACCCAGUUGAUCCUAACUCAGUUUUACCACUUCUGUUUGGAAGCGAGUUGACUCAGGUCGAUCCACACCACAGCCUAGUAUUCAGGUUCGAGCCUCUAAUUAUUGCCAUUGAGUGUAAAGACGUGGAAGCGGCUCAGUGGCUGGUCUCAUUGGCUAUAUCGUGUGGGUUUAGGGAGAGUGGGAUCACUAGUGCCACUAAAAAGAGAGUGAUAAUCUCUAUCAGGUGCUCGAUUCGAUUGGAAGCUCCAUUGGGGUAUACCCACAAAAUAAUGGUUUCGACGGAAUACUUGAAGUACAUUGUUGAGCUUGCUAAUGAGAAGAUGAGUGCUAAUAGAAAGAGAACUGAUGGGUUUCUUGAUGCUCUGUUAAAGAAAGGAUCUUUUGGGCAUCAUAUUAGCAAUGAAAAGAUUUUGGGCAAAUAUGAAGUGGAUAGUGAUGAAUCUUCAGCUUGUCUAGAUGGUCCCGAGUCAGAAUUCAUGGAAAGUUCUUCCAAACAUUUGAAUGAUACAAAAUGUGGAUCGUUAACGGUUUCUGGUUUGAACCUAUCGAGCACUCAAAUGCUAAUCACUGGCGAGUCAAUUGAAAGGAUUUUCCUGUGGGGUCACUCUGCUUCUGCAAUUGAUGAUGCAUUUGACAAGAAGGUUCUCAUUUUUGGUGGGUUUGGAGGUCCAGGCAGACAUGCACGAAGAAACGAUUUGCUGAUUCUUGACCUAGAAUUCAGUAGAUUAGAAGUUGUUGAUGUUCGGGGAAUGCCAUUAUCACGUGUGGGUCAUACGUCUUUAAUAGUAGGAAAGCAUAUGUAUGUGAUUGGUGGAAGAGCUGACCCACUAAAUAUUCUGAAUGAUGUGUGGGCUUUUAGUUUGAACAAGAAAGAAUGGAAGCUCUUGCAGUGUUCUGGCUGUUUAUUUCCACCAAGACAUCGACAUGCAGCAGCAGCGGUGGGUUCAAAAAUAUAUAUAUUUGGAGGAAUUCAGGCUGAUGUUAUAUUGUCAUCAUUACAUGUACUUGACACAGAAGCCAUGGCAUGGACUGAACAUCAAGCUGAAGGAGAGCAUCCAUGUCCCCGUCACUCCCACUCCAUGGUUCCAUACGGAACCCAACUAUAUAUAUUUGGGGGAUAUGAUGGGGAGAAACCCCUAGGUGACCUUUUUAGUUUUGAUACAGAAACGCUUCUCUGGAAGAAGGAAACUAUCCCUGGUAAACUGCCAAGUCCUAGGUUUUCCCACUCUAUGUUUGUUUAUAAGAAUUUUAUUGGCAUUAUUGGAGGAUGUCCCAUUAGUCAAAGUCAAUAUGAACUGUCCUUGCUUGAUAUGCGUUCACACCAAUGGAAGCAUAUCGUGGUCAAUUCCUUAGAAAAUGAUAUCUUAAUUAGAAGCACUGCUAACAUUAUAGGUGAUGACUUAAUCAUGAUUGGUGGUGGGGCUGCAUGUUACGCAUUUGGUACCAAGUUCAGUGAUCCGGUGAAAAUAAACCUUUUCCCACUGUUGUCACUGAAAAGUGGAGAGCUUAGAGAAUCUGGUGAAGAAAGUGGAAAAUGUAUUGAUGGUUCCUUUUGGGCUAUAAGGAUUGAAAGAAAAUAUGCAAAGUUGGUGAAAGACGUUUUGAAAAAAUUUGGAUGGUUAGAUCUUCGAAGAAAGGUUUACUCUCUUGAUGAUGGAAUACAUAUAUGUUUGCCUGUGACAGAAUUUUUUUCCUCAAUAUUUCCUGAUAAGAGAACAGACUCUUCUGCUUAUUUCGAUUCUUCAAAACCGAUCUUUGAAAGUGAAAAUCCUUUAAAAGAUAUUUCCAGUUCAACGGAAUUCAAAGCAUUGAAAGUUCUUACAGAAUGUCAUGCAACGAAAAUUGAAGAUAAAGUUGUAAAAGUGAAAAAGGCAUCAAACACUUCUUUAGAAGUAAUGAAGGAAUCUGUAGUCUCUCUAAUCAGUCAAAGGGGAUUGCCGUUACAACUCUUAGAUCAGCUACCAUCAAGAUGGGAGCGUUUGGGUGAUAUUGUAGUGCUUCCUAGGACGUGCUUCAAGGAUCCUCAGUGGGACUCUAUUGGGACGGAGCUUUGGAGUGCGGUUGCAAAGUCACUUGGAGCUCGCCGGCUUGCUCGACAAGGCAGAAUAUCUCCAAGUGGCACAAGAGAUAGUAAUUUGGAGAUGCUAAUUGGAGAUAAUGGGUGGGUACAUCACCGUGAAAAAGGAAUUUUAUAUUCAUUUGAUGCUACAAAGUGCAUGUUCUCCUGGGGCAAUCUCUGUGAGAAGCUAAGAAUGGCCCACCUUGACUGUACAGAUGAAGUUAUAGUGGAUUUAUUUGCUGGGAUUGGAUAUUUUGUGCUUCCCUUCCUUGUGAGGGCUAAUGCCAAGCUGGUAUACGCUUGUGAGUGGAACCCCAUGGCUAUUGAGGCACUCCGCAACAACCUUCAGGAAAAUCUCGUGGCUGAUCGUUGUGUAGUGCUUGAAGGAGACAAUCGAAUUGUAGCACCAAAAGGUGUUGCACAUCGUGUUUGCCUUGGGCUCUUGCCGUCAAGUGAGGGAAGUUGGGUCACUGCUGUGAGAGCAUUAAGGGAAGAGGGUGGGGUGAUGCACAUUCAUGGGAAUGUGAAGGACUCAGAAGAAGUCUCGUGGACCCAACAUGUUUUACAGUCUAUUGAAGAUAUCGCCAGAUCCGAAGGUCGUGUUUGGGACAUUUCAGUAGAACACACGGAGAGAGUGAAGUGGUAUGCCCCUCGCAUUCGCCACCUUGUUGCAGAUGUAAGAUGCAGGAGGCAUAGUGAAUAGGGCUGAGUGAUACAUGUAAGAUACUAAGCUAUACACGCUUCUGCAAAAAAAGCUAUUUCUGGAGGUCUGGUGGAUUGCUCGUGUAGAAUAUGCCGAAGUGAGUGCUGUUUUUAAGUUUUAGAAAGCAAAAAAAAUCAAAAAAGCUUCUUUAAUUUUUAUUUUUGAAAUUAAGAAUUCUUUGAUUUAAAAUGAUUUUUAAAGCAUGAUGCCUUUAACUACAA